GGCAUCACAUUAUAAAUACCCUCCACCAUGCAACCAACUCCCUCACACCAUCACAACCCACAUUACAACUUCUCCUCCUCAUAACCAAUCUGUUUUCCGUAUAAUCCCCCAAAACCUAUCAUGUCUGAAGAGAAGCACCACCACGGUCUCUUCCACCACCACAAAGAUGAAGACAAACCCUCAGACUACCCUCAGUCUGGCUAUAGCGAGGCCACUGUGGCAUAUGGCGCCACCACCACUCUUGAUCCUGAAAUUGAUUACAAGAAAGAGGAGAAGCACCACAAGCAUCUCGAGCACCUCAGCGAGGCCGGUGUUGUUGCUGCCGGCGCUUAUGGCUUGCAUGAGAAGCACAAGGCAAACAAAGACCCAGAGCAUGCCCACAAGCACAAGAUAGAAGAAGAGAUUGCUGCAGCAGCUGCAGUUGGUGCCGGUGGAUUUGCCUUCCAUGAGCAUCAUGAGAAGAAAGAGACAAAGAAAGAAGAGGAAGAGGCUCAUGGAAAGAAGCACCACCACCUCUUCUAGAUCAAUGUGGAACAUCAUCAUCAUCCAUUUACAUUUCAUGCUUAAUCUCAACAAUAUCGCUACAAAAGUUUGGUUAAUUAUGUUUCCUUUUUCAAUAAAAAAAAAUCAAUGCUAAGGAGACUCGCCCAAAAUGAAGCUUUCACUUUUGAGAGAGUCUCCUUAACAUCUCAAAAAAAAAAAAGUGUCGUUUUAUUUAACGUGUGACAUGUGGUUUUCUUUUAGCAUGCCACGCAUGUAUGUAUGUUAUUGUCAUUGUUCAUAAUAAUAUCGUUUAUUUGGUACUUA